AUGUGUAUGAGUGCUGCUGGAGGCAGAUGUGCUGCAGAUGAGUCUCUGUCUCUCACAGUGUUUCCCACUCAUGUCAGUCUGCUCUGUUUUUCUCUCUCAGUUCCUCCAGUCAUCUAUAAAGUUUCGGAAGACAUCACUAUAAACGAAGGCAGUAACGUGACGCUGACGUGUUUGGCCAAUGGGAGGCCAGAUCCCUCCAUCACCUGGAGACUGCUCAACCCGUCAGCCGAGGCUCUUGAUGUCGGAGAGUAUCUGGAGAUCUCUGGGAUCGUUCGCUCUCAGGCCGGACGUUACGAGUGUAAAGCGAGCAAUGACGUCUCUGCUCCUGAUGUCAAAUAUGUCAGCGUGGUGGUGAACUACCCGCCGUACAUUAAGGAGGUGCGUAGCUCCGAGACGCCGGUGGGACAGGCUGGAGUCCUGCACUGUGAGGCGUCUGCGGUUCCUCAGCCGGAGUUUGAGUGGUACAGAGACGAGCGCAGACUGUCCAGCUCUCAGAGCGUCAGUAUCCAGAUCAGCGGCUCUCGCACACUGCUGGUGGUCGCAAACGUCACGGAGGACGACUACGGAAACUACACGUGUGUCGCCACCAACAGACUGGGAGUCCACAACGCCAGCGUGUUCCUCUACAGUGAGAACCACACACACACACACACACAGUCAGACACACACACACACACCUUGUGUCCGCUGAGUCUGUAUCUGGUCAGUGUGCUCCUCAGUUUCUGA